AUGUCCUCCAUUGGCGACACGAUCAACCGAAUAAAUGCUGCAAUAGUAUCAAUAGUUAUCGCUGUAUCAUUUAUCAAUUUGGCUCUCGGUGCAAUUGGCCUAGUAUUUAAUGUAAUAAUCUUCACCAGGCCAUCGCUUCACAAUGAACCAUGUUCACUCUAUUUUUUCUCGUCGACAUGCUUCAAUUUAUUUGUCAUAUUGGUUAUCGUACCGAUACGCAUUGCUUCCGAAGGAUUUAAUACGGAUAUCACAAGUUACAAUAUCGGAAUUUGUAAACUUGAAUUCUUUGUCUUUUAUGUCGUACGAACAAUACCUUGCUGGUUAAUUGUCUUGGCGUGUGUUGAUCGUUAUUUGAAAUCGUCGACAAAAGUACACAUCCGCCGAUUGAGUUCAUUAAGAACAGCGAAGAUAGCUAUUUAUUUUAUUGUAGUUCUGUUCAUUAUUCUUCAUAUUCACAUGCCGAUCUACUAUGAAAUUACGUAUACAUUUGAUGGAUACGGAAAUCUCAUACCUGCAUGCUAUGGUCAAGCAGGGUUCUAUCGUAAGUUCAUUGCCUUUUGGAGUAUGGUGUUUUAUUCCCUUUGCCCAUCUCUCCUAAUGAUUCUUUUCGGCAUGUUAACAGUUAGAAAUAUUCAUCAAUCUCGGAGGAUACGUUCAGAAGUCACAUCUCGACGCAUAGACCGUCAACUCGCAUGUAUGUUGACUGCUCAAGUACUUGCCAUCGUUCUUUCAACGUUGCCAUUCUCUGUAUAUCGACUGUACGCGUCGUUUACUGCGAGCUUACCGAAAGAUGCCACUCGACUCGCCUGGGAAAAUUUGGCUUUCAAAAUUGCAAAUGUGCUGACGUAUUUUGCUCACUCGACAAGCUUUUAUUUGUAUACACUGACGGGUACAAUCUUUCGUAAAGAACUCGUUAAAAUCGUUCGGUAG